GCAACGCACGUGUCUGCCUACGGGGAAGCCGCUUUCAGCUGCUCCGUAUCCCGCUUGGAGCCAUGAGUCGUCCCGUAACUUGUGUUGCCUGGGUGCCCCAAGGUGUUGCCAAGGAGACGCCCGACAAGGUACAACUUGACAAGGAAGAACUGAAGCGUUUAAUUACUGAAGCUAAAGAGAGAUUGCAGACAGGGGAUGAUGAUGAUGAUGAUGAAAGUGGACAAGAAGGAACCUCAGGUGCCAUGGAUGAUGUUGAUGGUGAGGUAGCCAGCUCUUCUCCCAAAGAUGAGGACACUGAUAAGUUAGAUGAUGAUGAAUUGGCAGAAUAUGACUUGGAUAACUAUGAUGAAGAAAAUGCAGGUACUGAGGGCCUUGGAGAAAUCUUUGCAGGGCUUGCAGUAUAUGGAACGAAUGAAAAUGAUCCAUAUAUCACUAUUAAAGAUACUGAUCAAUAUGAGAAAGAAGACUUUGUGAUUAAGUCAAAUGACAGUCUUGUUAUAUGUGGCAGAGUUGAUAAGGACCACUGCAGCCUAGAAGUCCAUGUUUAUAAUCAUGAAGAAGAUUCCUUUUAUGUCCAUCAUGAUCUUAUUUUAUCUGCAUAUCCCUUAAGCGUGGAAUGGAUGAACUUUGAUCCUAGUUCCAAUGAUUCUGCUGAAUUUAUCCAAAGAAGACCAUCAGGGGCAUACUGAUGCAGUGCUUGAUCUUUCAUGGAAUAAAAAUCUCAGAUCUGUCUUGGCAAGUGCCUCAGCUGACCAUUCUGUAAUUCUCUGGGACAUGUCCAGGGGCACAACAGCAGCAACACUUUCUCUUCACACAGACAAGGUGCAAACACUGCAGUUUCAUCCAUUUGAAACACAGACUCUAAUUUCUGGCUCUUAUGACAAAUCAGCCAUUUUAUAUGACUGCAGAAGUCCACAGGACAAUCAUAGAACCUGGAGAUUUAGUGGACAAGUUGAAAGAGUGACUUGGAAUCAUUUUUCACCCCACCACUUCUUAGCAAGCACGGAAGAUGGAUUUGUAUACUGUCUUGAUGCUCGUUCCCAUAAACCAGUCUUCACAAUGAAAGCUCAUGACGAAGAAGUAUCUGGACUACAGUUAAGUAGCCAAAUCAAAGGAUGUCUUGUCACAACAUCUUCUGAUAAAUCUGUGAAAAUUUGGGACAUCCUAGGAAACAAGCCUUCUUUAGUCUAUUCCAGAGAUAUGAAAAUGGGUUCCCUGUUUUGUGCAGGUUGCUGUCCAGAUCUGCCAUUUGUUUAUGUCUUUGGAGGAGAAAGGCAGGGACUACAACUCUGGGAUAUAAGCACAAUUUCCGCAGUGAAUGAUGUUUUUGGAACUCGACAGAGGCUAGCAGUUACCACAUCAAGUUCUGAAGCAACUAAUUCUGCAAAUAGCAGUAGCAGCUGUGGAGGAGCUGCAAUGGAAUCAUGAAAUAAGCUUAUGUUUUUUUUAAUUAACAUUCUAAGUAAACCGAUUUUUUAAACUUGCUUUUAAGGUCAUGUUACCAUGAAGUUUGGUCUUGAUCUUAAAAUUUUUCUGAAGUGUUAACCAGCUAGAAAUUGGAAUAUGCCAAAACAAAAUCACUAGCAAUAAUGUAAGAAAUUACUCUUAAUUUGUUAAUUUGUAUUAAGAAAGAUAAAUGUAGGCAUUCUGAUGCAUCCACUGAAAUCCUUUGACAUUGGCUUAAAAAGCUACUAUUUAAAAACAGUUUUCUGAGAAUCUAAAGGAAGCUUUCUAUAUUGUGUAAGGUUUAAAGUGUGGUGUUGUUAACCAGGAUUUGAUAACUUGUGAGAGCAUGAUUCUCUGGUCUUAUAUAAAUAUAUUAUAUUUAUAAUAUAGGCAUGUGCUAAUUAAUAAAAUCUAAUUGGCAUAAAUAAAAAAGCUAAGAUUAACAAUAUUGGGUUCCCCCUCCCUUCCAUUUGUAUUCAGUUCUUGGAGAGUGCCUGGUUUUUCAGAAAUAGUUUGCCAUUGCCUCCUUCCUAGGCUCGGAGAAAGUGACUGGCUCAAGGUCACCCAUCUGGCUUCAUGCCCAAAGUGGGACUAGAAUUCAUGGUCUCCCAGUUUCUGAUGCCUUAAUUACUACACCAUGGCUCUCGUCUCUCUGAUUCAGACCAUUAAUUUAAUAUACUUCUACCUAGGAGAACUAUCAAUGUCAGCAUAGUUAAUAUUGGCUAAAGUUCAUAAUGUAUAGAUAAAUGAAUGGUUUAAUAAAGCAAAAAUGCUAUGGUGAAAAAUUUUUUUUAUACUGGGGGAAAAUUCAAAGGAGAAAAAAAAACCAGUACACACAUUAAAAAGCAGUAUUUUAAUUUUCCGUAAGAAAACAAAUCUUAAUGAUACCUUCAUUCCAUAAAUAUAUUAGCAGCAGAAUUUCCCUUUCAAAAUAAGUGGUUAUCGGUUGCAGUAUAGACAAGAGUUACAUGAAUAACCUUUGUAUGUAAAAUCCAUGCUAAAACUAAGCUUGCAUUUCAAACACAAGCAUUAGCAUGCCUUACUCUGAUUCCCAUACUAUAUUUUUCUUUUCUAAUUCUUUUGGAAUGCUCAGUUGUCAACAAAUGAGCAAAUAUUUCAUUGAUAUACAACAAAUAUCAAUUUAAUGAACUAAGUUAAGCUACAAACUUUUUUCCAAUAAAAAACACUUUAUUGUAAUGAAAAAAA